CUUGUAAUUUCCCCACGGAGGAAAUAAUAAAGAGGUAAAGAGGGUGGUGGCUGGGCUACCGGCUAGUGGCAGAAUCACAAGACGAGUGGUUUGGUCUCAGGAGACGCAGAGGUUUUCCCAUUUCAUCCCUCCUAUCACGAAAAAAACAAAGAGAACACAGAGAAGUGCAAAGAGAGACUGCGAGAGUGACAAGAAGACAACAACAUGUCGGGAGGUAUUGCUCGUGGACGUCUCGCCGAGGAGCGAAAAGCCUGGCGUAAGAAUCAUCCUCAUGGUUUCGUUGCUAAGCCAGAGACUCUGCCAGAUGGUUCUGUUAAUUUGAUGGUGUGGAACUGUACAAUCCCUGGUAAGCCUGGGACUGACUGGGAGGGUGGCUACUUCCCGAUUACACUCCAUUUCAGUGAAGACUACCCUAGUAAACCACCAAAGUGCAAGUUCCCUCAAGGUUUCUUUCACCCCAAUGUCUACCCUUCGGGAACUGUGUGCCUAUCAAUUCUCAAUGAAGACAGUGGGUGGAGACCAGCUAUCACAGUGAAGCAAAUUCUUGUGGGCAUACAGGAUUUGCUGGACCAGCCAAACCCCGCAGAUCCUGCACAAACAGAUGGAUAUCAACUGUUCAUUCAGGAACCAGCUGAGUAUAAGAGAAGGGUCCGACAGCAGGCGAAGCAAUAUCCGCCUCUUGUCUAAUGUUGCUGCUGAACUAUGCUGGUUAAAGAUAAUUGGUACAUUUGUUGGUCUCUCUUAUGUAUUUAAAGAUUGCAUAAUAUACGCUUUUUUGGGGUAUGUGAAACGCUUAUGGUAGUGGACAAACUUUAUUGACAAUAGAUGAACUUAACAAAGAAAAAGGGAAAAAGGAUGCUUCAUUGCUAUUAAUUUUAGUAGAGUUCUCAUGUCCUUGCAAUGGUUAUUAUGGUUUGUGAACUCUCCUUUCACCUGAUGGAUGUAUAUGUGGUCUGGCUGUGUAGUAGUGUUAUUA